CUGCUUUUUUCCGUUUUUUAAAAACGCCUCCUUUCUUCUCUUCCUUUUUUCGGACAGAACAGCUGAAGAAGCCGAACAGAGAGAGGAAGAAUGCUGGAGACCCAACAGAGGGAAGAAGUAGAUGAAGGCUGAGAUAAGAAAGAUAGACAUAGAGAGAAGGAAAAAGAAAACACCAGAAAACAAGGGUAGAGGGGGAAAAAAAUCACAACUGGAAUAAACUGAUGCAGGAAGAUUGAUUGAUGGCACGACAGAGACCGGUGGCGGGCAACAUUUGAUGGACUAAUAGCAAAGGGAUGUGCAUUCAGAAUCUUUCCAGCAUUCCCAUUGUUUCUGUGAGCAAAAGAAGAUAGGGGGUGCAGAGAAACCGAUCAAAGAAAGAAAGAGGGAGAGAAAUGGGAUAAAGAGAACAAAAGAGCACAACUCAGAACUAACAGCCCAGAGAGAAAGCUCCCGAUUGCCUGCCCUCUCCAUCCAUCGCAGCUUUCCAACUCUCCAAACUUCUGAUCUCAUGUCAGGACGUGCCAUUCGAGCCGAGACGAGGAGCCGGGCAAAAGAUGACAUCAAGAAAGUGAUGGCUGCUAUUGAGCAUGUCCGGAGAUGGGAAAAGCGUUGGGUGACGGUGGGAGACACCUCUUUACGAAUUUACAAGUGGGUACCUAUUAUGGACCCUCAAGACGAGGAAAAAGGAUGUUUGGGAAGUAGCAAAGAGCAGCAGCCCACCAAAGAGAGAAAGUUUCCUCGAAGCAAUCCUGCUCUGCUCAUGUUGGACCUGAAUGAUGAGAACAGCAACCAGAGUUCUCUUUCGGAGACGUCCCUGCUGAAAGGAGGUGACACCAGCACAAGCCCCACCCCCACCCCAGAUCGAAGCCAGACCGUGACUCCCACCCUUAUAGGAGAGUUGAAGACAGAAGAUUUGCAGCCCCCUUUGUUGGGGCAAGAGGGAGAUUCUGGGGUGCUCCUUCUUGAGGGAACCGAUGACCCUCCCAAGCUUAGCAAAGAAAAACCAGAUCUCAUGACAUCUGGUUUCCAGGCCACGGACACAGCAGCUUGCUUGGAACCCACCAGAGAUGUGGAAGAACGAACAUCUGAAGUGGAGGAAUCUUCCUUGUCAGAAGCCCCUCCCCGGAAGCGGACCCGUAAAGAGGAACAAGCUUUGCAGGCUACCCCACUGUCUGAGGCUUAACUUCAAGCUUUAGGCCUGUCCUUCCCAUUUCUUUAGACAGAUGGAUCUACGGUAUGUAGGGAAAUGUGACAUAAUGUUAGCUAAAUAUGGUGCGGUCCAAACCAUCUGUCUCUGCAACAUGUGAUUGCUGUAGUAUUUCCUGCUGCCCUCUUGUGACAACACUGUUUACCUGAAGCAUACAUGUUUUAUGCAUGCAUGGAAAUGAAAUAUGGCUGUGGGAAGGGAGGGCUAUGACCAAAAGCAAUCAUGGAGACUUGCAGAAAUGAGAAAAGCUGUUUACCUUACUUAUGCAGAAAUGUGAUUUAUAUAUUGGGAAUACGAGAGAGUAAAAGUAAAGCACACAUUAGGAAGGCCAAAAGCUUCCUAAAUUCUUUCUUCUAGCCUAGUUUUUCAGCCUGUAGUUUAAAAGCAAGGCUACAAUUUUAUAUCCAUUCCAAAUCCAAAUUUUGCAGCACGGAAACACAUAUUCUGGGAAAAGAGCAAGAAGCACAAUUUACUUAUUUAAUAAUGCUAAUGUUUAAGGUACUGGAGGCUUUUUGAGUGUGUGUGUAAAAACUGAAAAAGGCAUGCAAGAUGUGAUUCUGUUAUGGAUAGCCAUUUGUAUGGAAUGGUAUAGGGUCUUCUACUUGAUCAGGGGGUUGGACUAGA